UAGCUAGGCUAGCUAGGGAGUCCUUCAAACCUAGCACCAAUAAAUAUAUAACCUACUUCUUACUAGAGUAAUAGUAAUAAUACAACAUUUUUUUUUUGUAUAUUUAAUUUGAUAUUGAUUUUGUACCCAUUUCCACUUUUUUCAAUCCAUCCUACUGUAAAACCAAAAUCUCCCUUCUCUUUUCUCUCUUCCUCAACACUCUUUCAUUUUCACCUCUUUCUCUCUCUUCUCUAAUUUAAGGUGGUAGCUAGAGAGAGAAUCGUUUUAGGUAAAAAUUCAAAGCUACAAACUUUGAAAAUUUUCUAUCUAAAAAAAUGGAGAUGAAGAAAGCAGUAAAGAUGGAAACUUUGAUGAACAACAACAAUAAUAGUAGUAGUAAUUACCAUUAUUUAAGUGAAAAUCAUCAUUCAUCUUCAUCAACAACAACAUCAUUAGCCAAUUCAAGCUGUUUUGAAAGCUAUGAUUCACUUGAUUAUCAUCAUAAUCAAAACAAGAUGAGUUGUUCUUCUUCAUCAUCAACUACAACAGGGUUUAUGGAAUUGUUAGGUAUGCAAGAUAUGAUUCAAAAUAUAAACCCUUCUUUGUAUGAUAUGAUGAUGAUCAAUGGUUAUGAUGGGACUUCACAAAAUCAAGUCUUUUCUGCUUCAAUGGAUCCUCCUGCACCUGAUCCCACCCUUGCUGCUGCUGCUACUACUACUACUAUUGCUCCUCCUCCUACUUCUUCUUCCAUUGUUGUUAAUCCAGAAUCUUCUGAAGUUGUCAAUAAUAAUAAUAAUAAUAGUAAUAGUAAUAAUGUUCCGACGACUCCAAAUUCGUCUUCGAUUUCUUCUGCAUCAAAUGAAGAACACCAACAAGAAGAUGGUGAAGAUGAACUUGAACAAAAGGCUAAGAAACAAUCGACGACAAAGGCCAAAAAGACAAAUCAGAAACGGCAGAGAGAGCCAAGAUUUGCUUUCAUGACAAAGAGUGAGGUUGAUCAUCUAGAAGAUGGUUAUCGAUGGAGAAAGUACGGCCAAAAAGCUGUCAAAAACAGCCCUUUCCCAAGGAGUUACUACCGUUGCACCAGUGCAUCAUGUAAUGUUAAGAAAAGAGUGGAAAGAUCUUUCACUGAUCCAUCCAUUGUUGUUACAACUUAUGAAGGUCAGCAUACCCACCCUUGUACUGUCCUUCCACGUGGGGUUAUGCCGAGCCCCGGUUACGGCUCCGGUUUCGGUGUCGGUGUUGGUGGUGGUUGUGGUGCUAGUGCAGCCUCCCCCUUUGCCCUGCCAGUGCAAAUGGUUAACAAUCAGCUUCAAAUGAAUUAUGUCACUAGCUUGGUACCUCAACUUAAUCAUUUUGGUAAUAAUAGUCUUACAUUACCAAAUAAUAUUAAUAAUAAUAAUCUUGGUAAUAGUUGUUCAAUAUUAGCUUCACAAGAAAAGAGCUUUUGUGGUGGUGGUGCUGCAAAUUCUACUCCUGUUAGUGCAGCUUUGCUUAGAGAUCAUGGACUUCUACAAGAUAUAGUUCCUUCUAUUAUGAAAAAAGAAGAGUAAGAUGAUCAUAUAAUAUAGUAUAGUAUUAGUAUUUUAUAAUGUGUAUUUUUGUUUUCUGAAAUUUUAAAAUUUAUUUAUUUUGCUGACUAGAUUUGUAAUUUUAGUAGUAUCCUGUCACUACUGAUCUUAGCUAGUGUAAUUUGGUGUAAAAGAUCCUUCAUCAUCAUCAUAUAAACUAGUACUUAGCUUCUUCAUAUAUGAGGAAUUUGUCAUUGUAUCAACUUUUGGUUAUUGGGGUAUGAUAUGGAAAAACUACUACUAUGCUAGUACAUGUUAGUUCCCUUUUUCUA